AUAAGAUCAAAAACGAGAAAUUGGAAAAGUCUCACAACGGAAACGAAGCCGAGCGAUCCUCGAAUGGCAUUGACCCCAGGAAAAUAUUGGUCGUUGAUAGAAUGCCUGCUAUUUGGAAACGGCUCGAAAGACUUUCUGCUCUCAUCACCGGAAAACCGCUUUAUUGGGCCCAUCGUGGUGAGCCUCUCGUACCAUGAAGGAGGGCUACUUUUAUUGGCACUCGCAGGGAGAAGGGGAAAAGCGUGUCAAAAACUCGCACGUGUUUAUUGGCGGAAGGGGCAAGGGAUAAACGGGAUAGUGGGGGUGACGUAUCAGGCCCCAAGUUGGCUCGAUCGUCACGAGUUGGUGGUGAGACACAUCACGGAAGAUAAAUAAGAAGGACAUGGAAAGAAAAUGUUCUGUAUCGUGGAGUGUCUCGUGUCAUGAAUUCGAUUUAAUCGCUCAUCGUUUAUAAUUAUUUGUUUUAUUCCAUUUUUUAAAGACUCUUUUUAGUUCCUUGACGUUCGUUGCUUCUGUCGAGCGAGUUAUCUUCGACGAAUUACGCUUGGAAAAAAAUAACCAGCCAUGACGAAGUUAGCGCUCUGUGCCUUGAUUUUUGGACUUUUCGUGCUCGCCUCUUCCGCCCCGAACACAACGGACAAUCAAGAACGCGGAAUCCUCGACUGUUUCUUCGAGUCCGAGAGCCUCACGUGCGCGAAAAAUCGUGCCGACACACAAUUAGACGCGAUCGAACAACGAAUCACAGGGAGGUCAGACCCCGUUCCAUUCAGUCGAGUUUUCGAAGAUGCUGGAGCAAUCCUCGUCGAUGGCACCAGGUCACUCCUUGGAGAGACCGACGAAUCUACUACCGAACUCGACGACGAGGAAGAAGACAAGGAAGAGGGCCGCAGUUCGCUUCGUCAACCACGAAAGAAGUUUGGAAAAAAGAAGAAGAAAAUGUUGGCAAAACUGUUGUCUUUCGUGAUGCUGAUAAAAGCGAAAAUCGGUCUGCUCCUUCAGCUCAUUUCCACGCACUUCCAACUGAAAUUCUUCGCUCUGGCUAUCCUCAGUUUGGUCGUAAAUGUAGCACGAUUUUGGAUCGACAUCAAGAAAGACCAUCAUCCUUCGAAAGUCGUGUAUUACGAGCACGCUCAGCAUCAGCAUCAUUACGAUCAUGAAGACGAUCAUGGCGGUUACUGGGGUCGAUCGGAUCUCGAGAAUCCUGCUCAGGAAUUAGCUUAUAACGCUCAUAAAUGAAUUCAAUCGCUCCUUUAAUUAUGAUCAUUCAAUUCGUUACUGUCUCGUUUAUGAGAUUAUUUAUUGCUCCUUCAAAAUCACUUUCUCUCCGGUGAAUUCUUUUGACGAAAGUUUAAUGAACAGAGUGAUCGUUUAUUUGAACGAACGAAUUUUAUUUAUUAGUCGAAAAAAACGACAUCAAUUGUAUCGAUCGAAAUUCGUUUUAUUGGUAAUUUAUUAUUUAUUUUUUCAAAUGGAGCUAAUCGUUGAUCAAUGAUUUUUCGAAUCCAGUCUCAUUUUCUUCAAUCGAUCGUUACAAAUAACAUUUGCUAUGCUCGUCUAACUGUAUAUAAAAAUAAUGUAUUAAGAUUCAACGAGUGUCAUACGAGCACAGUAUUCAAUGGUCUCGUUUAAAACGCCCCGAUUAAAAUUCCGUUAAGCCAAAGUCAAUUUUACACUCGUACCUGCAAACGCUUCAUUUUUUUCUCCGUCAAAAUA